AUGCUUUUACUCGCUAUUCUGAUUUUUACGGUGUUCUCUGGCCUUUGCGGCGCCACUAGUAACGUCGUUGACCUCAUCAUUCUCCGCGCAUUCCAGGGAAUAGGUGCAUCUGGCAUCUACUCCAUGAUCUUGGCAAUUGCUCCAGUCCUAGUGCACAUUGACAAGUACGCAAAAUACAUGGGAAUUGUUUCGACUGUCUUUGUCACUGCAAGUGUUUUGGGUCCUAUCCUUGGUGGUGUCAUUAGUCAACAUUCCACCUGGCGUUGGGUUUUCCUCCUCAAUGUCCCAGGGGGUGCCCUGGCUUUCAUUCUUGUGGCCAUUUUCUUGCCAGCAUCCGAACAGUCGUCCGGAUCGUCGCUCAUUCCGAUUAUUCGCUCUAAGCUGAGUCGUUCGAAUUGGGUGCGUAUUGACUACCUUGGCAUAUUUCUACUACUUUCAGCAUCUGUCCUACUUGUAUUUGCCCUAGAAGAGGGAGGUACCCGAUACCCGUGGGAUAGUGCUGUUGUGAUAUCCAUACUUGUCAUCGCAAUUGUGUUCUUUGUUGGAUUCGGCUUUUGGGAAGUGCAUGUUGAGCACUCAUCGAGUAAGCAAGAACCUGUAUUUCCUCCAAGUAUCUGCGACGACAGGAUAUGCAGUGCCAUGCUUCUAACAACAUGCUUUGUCGGAUUCCCCUUCGUAUCAAUGGUGGUCAACAUCCCACAAAGAGCUCAAGCAGUAUAUGGCAUGUCCCCUUCUCAGGCUGGCAUUAGUUUACUCCCAAUGAUGCUCUCAUCACCUGCAGCAACUGUUCUUUCCGGAUACCUCACUGGUAAUGCAAAGAUCCCGCCAGUAUACCCCAUCAUUGUUGCUGCGGCACUGCAGGUACUAGGUGUCGGCUUGAUGUGCUCGUUACCAACAGCCUCAACCAAGAUGCCAAACGCACAAUAUGGCUACGAAGUACUCAUGGGCAUCGGGUUUGGAUUGGGUCUGACUACAGUUUUGACUUUUGCCCGGAUUCUUGAAAUACUGACAUCUUCGAGCCGUGAUGAUGGGCGCCUUGACACAGAUCAGAGUCCUGGGUGGCACAGUAUCGCUAGCUAUAUGCUAUGGCUGCUGCAGGAUUGGUUGCGUCAUUAUGUUUAUGGGAGAAAAGACCGCGAAAAGCGCAAUAGGGACGGAACAGAUGAUCAAGGCAGCUUAAGAGUUUCGCAGCAAAUCGCAGGAAAGCCGGAGUGGUUAUCCUAUCAUGAAAUCGUCCAUUGA